GUGGGCGGGGCUAACUGUUUGGGAUCGGAACAAGGCUCUGAGCCCGCGUGGAGGGCGGAGCGCGCUUCUCUAGAGGUGGAACCGGUAUCCCAGCGCUCGCGCCUUCUGUGUGCACCCCUUCCUUGCCGGCCGGCACUUUGGGUGCACAGUUUUACCCAAGCCUCGAGACAGUGAGCAGAAUUUGCUGGUAUAACUAGUUCUAAUGGCUGGGAACAAAGGACGCGGACGUGCAGCUUACACCUUUAAUAUUGAGGCAGUUGGAUUUGGCAGAGGUGAAAAACUACCCGAUGUAGUCCUGAAACCACCCCCACUAUUUCCUGAUACAGAUUAUAAACCGGUGCCACUGAAAGCAGGAGAGGGCGAAGAAUACAUGCUGGCAUUGAAACAGGAGUUGAGAGAAACUAUGAAAAGGAUGCCUUAUUAUUUAGAAACACCUGAAGAAAAACAAGAUAUUGAAAGAUACAGUAAAAGAUAUAUGAAGGUGUACAAAGAGGAGUGGAUACCAGAUUGGAGAAGACUCCCAAGAGAAAUGAUGCCAAGGAAAAAGUGCAAAAAAGGCCCCAAAUCCCAAAAAGCAAAGGCUACGGGCAAAGGCGCGUCACUCACUAAUACUGCAGAUGUAUUGAAAAAAAUCGAGGAAUUGGAAAAGAGAGGUGAUGGUGAAAAAUCAGAUGAGGAAAAUGAAGAGAAAGAAGGAAGCAAAGAGAAAAAUAAAGAAGGCGAUGAUGAUGAGGAUGAUGAUGCUGCAGAACAAGAGGAGUAUGAUGAAGAAGAGCAAGAAGAGGAAAAUGACUACAUUAAUUCAUACUUUGAAGAUGGAGAUGAUUUUGGUGCAGACAGUGAUGACAACAUGGAUGAAGCAACCUAUUAGCUAUGGAAUGUCUCCAAAAAUAUCUUUAUGAUAUAGCUUCUAAAUAUUUGGACAGACUUGUUUUCUAUUUCUGAUAAGGAAUGAGUAUUGUAUUUUUGUUCCCGUUUUGUUAGACAAAUAUUUGCUGUCAAAAUACUCAGAACCACAUUGAGUUUACAUACUAGGUACCUUACCAGUUAGUCUCUGAUGCUCUGACAUUCCUUCUCAACACCCUGUCAUGCCUCUUAUGUGUUCAAGUGGAUUUUUUUUUUGUAUUAUUCAGAUUUGAAUGUGCCUAGAGUUUUUGCAUCUUUUAAUCUAUGUAUUCAUACUUGAACAAAUUAUUCUUGUUUAACUUGAUCUGUUGUAAAACUAGUACUGGUCAUCAUAGUGGAUUUCUGUAAUCUGAACAUUGAUUAAUACUGCACAAGGAGCACUUUAAAAACAAAGAAACUUGAAAAUAA